UCUUCGCCAAACAGGCCCCCGAAGAAAUUCGAAAACAAACCCGCUGCAACGCGUUCCUUUGGUCGUCGCGCUUCCAUGGCCAUGACACCCUCGACGCUCACUCCGACCCAGAGGUACGCUGCAGGGGCCCUCUUCGCCUUCGCCCUCCAGCAAGCACAGCUGCAUCAAACCCAUCUCGUCGGCUCCUCCACUUCUGUCGAUGACGGCGGCAACUCCGGUAGCUCCAGUAACAGGAGCAACUUCAGCGGAAGUGAUGCCGACUGCGAGUCAACCCAGCUCUGGAUCCAUCCAUCUCGUGGCCUCCUUCGUCCGGUGUUUAGGUUUCUAGAUAUCGAUUCGAAGGCGUGGCCGGGUUUGGAGGAGACCGCUGCGUAUUCUGAUGCAAAUCAUCAUGUUGGGGCGUAUCUGAGGAUAAUGGUUGAAGAAGACAAUGUAGGAUCUUCAGAGAAGGACGAACUACAACUUGCUUUGGCUAAAUCUAUUGAUGCCAUGGCAAUGAGUUUGGAAACUGUUCAACCCGCAGAAGAGAAAAAGGCAAUCAGACAUGACUGGUCUUUUGAACCUUCAGAACCUGCUAGCUUUAAGCUAUCAGCCAUAAGAGAGGAGGCUAUCAGACGGUAUAACCAUGCUUGUGAUAGAGGGUCCAUGCUGGCAAAUAUUUCAAUCAAUUAUCCUAUGAAAGUUACAAUUUUAUUUGAGCUAUUGUCUGCAUGUGUGGCUGAUUCACCUCAAGACUGUGAGAAAGUAUCAGUGCGGAGGAAGGGAUAUGAUGCCCGCCAUCGGAUUGCUCUAAGGCUCUUAGCAACAUGGCUUGAUAUCAACUGGACAAAAAUGGAGGCUAUGGAGAUAAUUGUUGCUGUUUCAGCAAUGGCUGCAAAUAAAGAACAGCAGCAGUCAGAAGAAAAUGAUUCAGCGAAAAGUAAAUGGGCCAAGUGGAAGCGUGGUGGCAUCAUUGGUGCUGCUGCCUUGACAGGAGGAGCCUUGUUGGCCAUCACGGGAGGUUUAGCUGCCCCUGCAAUCGCUGCUGGCUUUGGUGCUCUUGCUCCCACAUUAGGAACUCUUGUCCCUGUUAUUGGAGCGAGUGGUUUUGCUGCUGUAGCUAGCGCUGCAGGAUCUGUUGCUGGUUCAGUUGCUGUUGCUGCUUCGUUUGGAGCGGCUGGAGCUGGACUUUCAGGAAGCAAAAUGGCAAGACGAAUUGGGGAUGUUGAAGAAUUUGAGUUUAAAACUGUUGGAGGAAACCAUAAUCAGGGUCGUUUAGCAGUUGGUAUUUUGGUUUCUGGUUUUGUGUUCAAGGAUAGUGAUUUUGUUAGUCCAUGGGAGGCAUUUGAAGAUAACCUGGAGAGGUAUGCUCUUCAAUGGGAGUCCAAGAAUCUGAUUGCUGUCAGCACUGCCAUUCAGGAUUGGCUUACUUCAACCUUGACAAGGGAGCUGAUGAAGCGGGGUGCCAUGUUGACAGUUCUUAAUUCACUUGUUAUUGCCUUGGCAUGGCCAGCUGCAUUACUUUCAGCUACCGAUUUCAUCGAUAGCAAAUGGACAAUUGCUAUUGAUAGAUCAGACAAGGCAGGAAAGCUUCUUGCCGAGACUUUGAUGAAGGGGCUACAAGGAAAUAGGCCCGUGACACUUAUUGGUUUUUCUUUAGGAGCAAGGGUUAUAUUUAAGUGCUUACAACAGCUUGCUGAAUCUGGAGAAAAUGAAGGACUUAUAGAAAGAGUCGUUCUCCUUGGGGCGCCGAUCAAGCUCAAUGAUGAAGAAUGGGCUGCUGCGAGAAAGAUGGUUGCUGGGAGAUUCAUAAAUGUAUAUUCCACAAAUGACUGGAUCCUUGGAGUGACUUUUCGUGCCAGUCUAAUCACCCAAGGUUUGGCUGGUAUUCAAGCCGUUGUCGUGCCUGGAAUUGAGAAUGUAGAUGUUACUGAAAUAAUUGAUGGUCAUUCUUCAUAUUUGUCUGCCGUCCCCAAAAUCCUUGAGCAGCUUGAACUUGAUACCUGUUAUGGCGUUUUUUCCUAUCCUCCCCAGCUUUCUGAUUAGCAAUAGAGUCAAGAAUUGUUUGUCUUCUGUGCCCGUUUUUUCAGUUCAAGUUUGCUACUGCUGGCAUAUUUAUUCAUUUUGAUUACUAACUGUACAUAACCUUUUAAUAUAAUUUCCGUCGGGUAAGUGAAAUUUUCAUCUUCUUAUAUUUUAUGGGUCUAUGUCGGUCGAGGACUUCAAUUUCUUAUAUAGGUGAUUGUAAAAUUGUCGUGGGAAAGUAAUUUGUUAAAAAAUUGUUGAGCAUUGU